AUGCAGAUCUUCGUGAAGACCCUCACCGGCAAGACCAUCACCCUUGAGGUCGAGUCGUCCGACACCAUCGACAACGUCAAGAGCAAGAUCCAGGACAAGGAAGGCAUUCCCCCGGAUCAACAGCGCCUGAUCUUCGCUGGCAAGCAGCUGGAGGAUGGUCGCACCUUGUCCGACUACAACAUCCAGAAGGAGUCCACCCUCCACCUCGUCCUCCGCCUGCGCGGUGGUAUGCAGAUCUUCGUCAAGACUCUGACUGGCAAGACCAUCACCCUUGAGGUCGAGUCCUCGGACACGAUCGACAAUGUCAAGUCGAAGAUCCAGGACAAGGAGGGUAUCCCCCCGGACCAGCAGCGCCUGAUCUUCGCUGGUAAGCAGCUUGAGGACGGCCGCACCUUGUCCGACUACAACAUCCAGAAGGAGAGCACUCUCCACCUCGUCCUCCGCCUCCGUGGUGGUAUGCAAAUCUUUGUCAAGACUCUCACCGGCAAGACCAUCACCUUGGAAGUUGAGUCCUCGGAUACCAUCGACAACGUAAAGUCCAAGAUCCAGGACAAGGAGGGCAUCCCUCCGGAUCAGCAGCGUCUCAUCUUCGCGGGCAAGCAGCUGGAGGACGGCCGCACGCUUUCGGACUACAACAUUCAGAAGGAGUCGACUCUGCACUUGGUGCUGCGUCUGCGCGGUGGUAUGCAGAUUUUCGUCAAGACCCUGACUGGCAAGACUAUCACGCUCGAGGUCGAGUCUUCGGACACCAUCGACAACGUGAAGAGCAAGAUUCAGGACAAGGAGGGCAUCCCCCCGGACCAGCAGCGUCUCAUCUUUGCUGGUAAGCAGCUGGAGGACGGCCGUACGCUCUCCGACUACAACAUCCAAAAGGAGUCUACUCUGCACUUGGUGCUUCGUCUGCGUGGCGGCCAGUAG